AUGAAGACAAAUUUGAAUCACAUAAAGCAGGUCAACAAACGAUAUAAUAUCUUUACAUCGUUGAGAAAAGCUCCAGUUGUACAUGAAGACUUCAGCUAUGCACCUUUAGUACAUACAACCUACGCUAUUAAAGAUAACUUUACAACUAGAGAGGAGCCUACAACAUGCUCAUCAAAGAUAUUAUCGUCCUACAUCUCUCCAUUCGAUUCCACUGUUGUUACUUUGUUGAAACAAAAUGGGACCCAUUGCAUUGGUAAAACCAAUAUGGACGAAUUUGCAAUGGGUAAUUCCACCACUUCUGGGGUUUUUGGUCCCACAUUGAACCCACUGUAUGAACAAAACGAGGAUUUGGUUGAGAAAUACGAAGAAUUUGAGUUUGGGACAAAGGAUUCUAUCUCAGAAACCGAUGGAGAAACAAUUUCAAGGGAAAUCUUAUUUGGAAAAGGUGAAGAUAUUAGUGAACACUCAUAUCUUGUUCCGAAGCUUUCUAGCGAUUUCAGUGCCAAGAUCUCCGAUAAACAAAGAAUAGUUGGAGGCUCCAGUGGAGGUUCUGCUGCAGCAGUUGCCAGUGAUUUAGUGGAUUUUUCAAUUGGCUCCGAUACAGGCGGUUCGGUUAGGUUGCCUGCAAGCUAUACUGGCAUUUAUGGAUUCAAACCUACAUAUGGCCGUAUCUCAAGAUGGGGGUUGGUUGCAUACUCGCAGAGCUUAGACACUGUUGGUAUAAUGUCGAAGAGUGUCGACAACAUAUGGAAAGUCUUCACGUGCUUAGAUUUACCUGAUGCCAAAGAUCCCUCGUGUUUGACUGAAUCUGUUAGAGAAGACAUGGCUAUCGAAAGACUGAACAGUAAGAAAAAUGUGGGGAAGAAGUUCAAGGUUGGUAUUCCAGUUGAGCUGCAGUUGGAAGGCAUGAGUGGAGCAGUUAAGGGAGCCUGGAAAGAUUUAUUGAUAAAAUUGCAAAAAUCGAAACUAAUCGAGGUGUAUUCUGUUAGUGUACCAUCAAUUAAGUAUGCUUUGCCUACAUAUUAUACGCUAGUGACAUCUGAAGCCUCCUCUAAUUUGAGUAGGUACGAUGGUAUUAGGUACGGUUAUCGGGCAGGAGAGAGUGUGUGUGACCUCGCCAAGGAGCCUGAGUUUGUGACUACACGGAGUAGAGGGUUUGGAGAAGAAGUCAAGAGCCGUAUACUAUUGGGUAACUAUACACUCAGUUCGUACGGAUACAACUCACACUUCAUGAAAGCGACUGGUGUGAGAGGCAUGCUAAUUGACGAGUUCAACAAAGUGUUUAGAGAUCGUAACAUGUUGGUCGACAAGUACUUCCCCAACAGCGCUGGCGUGGAUAUGAUGAUUGUACCUACUGCCGUUCACGAGCCUGCUCCGAUCAAUGAGGUAUGUGGCUCCACUGAUGCAGUCAAAAGCUACAUGGAUGAUGUGUGUACUAUUCCAAUGUCCCUAGCGGGUCUACCGUCAAUGUCGAUUCCCUUUGGCGGCAAGUCUAUGGGAUUUCAACUAGUUGGGCAACACGGACAGGACUAUAAGGUGCUCGAGUUCACUCGUUUGGUGGAAGAAGUGCUGGACGCCAAAUAG